AUGGCGGCUUAUGCAGCUCUGAUUUCUCUUAUGAAAGUCAUAGAUGAUAUUGAAACUCAUCCAUCCCCUCCAAUUUUUCUCGAUAAACAACAAGUUGAAUCUCUCACUGAAAAACUUGUGUUUUUGCAGGAAUUUCUCGAAAGCUAUAACUCUCCUCAUGCAUACAGCGAUGAAGCAGAUCCGUUGGAGAUGCGCAUUUUAGAUGCAGCUCAAGCGGCUGAAGAUGUGAUCGAGUCAUAUAUCAUUGACACUAUUCACCUUUCUGCGGCAUCAACUGACCAUGGUGCUAGUGGUGAUGAUGAUGAUGAUAAUGAUGAUGAUGAUGAUGAUGAUGAUGGUGCUGGUGAUGAUGAUGGUGAACAAAUCAGUUGCAUCCACUUCUAUCAGGAUCUGCAAAAUGAGAUUGAAGAAGUGGAUAUGAUCAAAAAAGAGGUGACUGGAAUUUAAGAUCCAGUAGUUCCACUGAGAAGAACCUUAUCAUGGUAGGGUUUGAUGAUGUGCUUCAACAACUCCUGCAUAGGCUUACUGAUGGAAACACCAAUCUCCAAAUCAUCCCUAUCGUGGGGAUGGGUGGCAUCGGCAAAACUACUCUUGCAAAAGGCAUGCCGAGUUCAUUAAUUGGAAGAUGCAUCUCCGAGCUCCCCCGAGCGCUGACGAUGAUAUUAUUGUCAUGAAGCAUCUAGAGGUGCUCAGAGGAGUGAAGAAUCUCAAUUUGAGUGAGGAUGUUGUUCAAAGAAUUCCCAAUAUCAAGAACUUAGCCAUAACUUAUGAUAUGGAAGUAAUUGAGGGAGUGAACUAUCUCAGCUGUCUUCAGUGUCUUACUAAACUUGAAUCCUUGAGUUUGUUCGUCUACUCCACCAAUAACGGAAGGUAUGUUCAGAAGAUGAGCUUCCCAGACUCCCUUAAGGAGUUGAUUACUCUCUUUCCCAAUCGGUUUUGAGUGGGAAGACAUACUGCCAAUGAUAGGGGCCUUACCACUUCUUCACGAGCUCACAUUAAUUUCCGGUCGCUUCAAAAAAGGCGAGUGGGAAACAGUUGAAGGCCAAUUCCCCAGCCUCAGGUCACUAAGCUUGUUCACUUGUCAAGAUCUAGAAAAGUGGACAGUGUUAGAGAGCUCCCAUUUUCCAUUUCUUCAGAAGCUUCUUCUUUUUGAAUAUGAAAAAAUUGAAGGAGAUUCCUUCAGAAAUUGGAGAAAUACCAACACUCAGAUCAAUUGAAUUGGAACGUUGCAAUGAAUUAUUGGUGUUGUCAGCUAAAGAGAUAUUGAAGGAGCAAGAGGAUUUACAAGGAGACCAACUAGACCUUCAUGUCCGUGCUUAGUCGAGGAGAAAGAUGAAGCGUUGCAGAGGCUGGCAAGUUCCAAUUUUAAAGUUUUUGUGCUUCACUCGAGUUGAAGUGAUUUGAUCGCUCUUCUUUACCUUGUAUGCUUCCCUCCAUAAUAUUAGUGAAGUCUUCUCUUUCUUUGUAAAUGGUCAAUUUUCAUUUAUAAUCUUGCAAAUUUGGAAUUGCUUGACACUUA